AUGACCCAUCAGUUUCGACGCCCCGGAGGCCACUGGUUCACCUGCGGCACCCACUACGUGGGCCAGAUGGGGGAGGGGGAUGCCAUGCGCGAAUUCAUGGACUUUGUGACUGGGGGCGUCGUCUGGGACCCCCUCCCCGACACCUUUGACAUGUUCUGCUUCAAGUCGGAUGGCGCCCAGUUCUCGCAGCCCACUGGCGCCAAACGCUGGAUGGAGCGCCUCAUCGAAUCCUUCCCCGCUGAGCAGAAGGCGAGGAGGCCGGCCAUUCGGCGUUACUUUCGCGACAUCAAGCGGGUGUACAGCUGGUACCGCUUCUACUUCCUGUCGAGGAGCAUGGGCCGGCCCUUCAGCAGCAUCCUGGCGACGUGUACGGCUCCCAGGCGGCGCGCCUUUGCCCAGCAGACCUGCCAGCAGUACAUGGACGGCGCCUUCAGAGACAGGCGGCUGAUUGGCGUGCUGUGCGCGCUGUGGGGCGACUAUGGGAUCAGGCCCGACUUGGUGACCUUCAUGCAGCAUGCCCUGGUGGCGGGCAACAACUUUGAGGGCACAUACUACCCGCGCCUGGGGUCUCGAGCCCUGGCCAAGGGCGCACUGGCCCUCAUCAGAGCCAAGGGUGGGGAGAUCCUGCUCUCCACCAGGGUCACACAGAUCGUCCUGGACGAGGCAGGGAGGGCCGUGGGUGUCCGGGCGGUGCGGGGAGGAAAGGAGGGCGUGUACCGGGGCCGGCACAUCAUCUCAGACACCAGGCUCCAGCAUGCCGGGCAUGCCGUGAUCUCGAUCUGGCUGGGUCUGGACGCCUCACCGCGGGAGCUGUACGGCAUGCACGGCGAAAACCGCUGGAUCUCUGCAGACUACCGCCAUUCGCAGGCCCGGCUUUAUGAUCCCAAGGUUCGCGAGGUCACUUACGCCUUCCUCAGCUGCUCCGCGCUCAAGGAAAGAUAUGCCGGCCAUGCGCACAGCCUGGAGGUGUGCCUGUUCACGGAUCCCGCGUACUUCAUGGGGUGGGAGGAGCGGAAUGAUGCAGAUGGAAGGCAGGAUUAUGUGCAGGUCAAGAAGAACAUCGUGGCGGAUGCCCUGGACUUUGUGGACCAGUUUGUACCUGGGCUCAAGGACCACGUCAUCUUCUCGGAGGUUGGGACGCCCGUCACCUGGAACUCUUUCUGCGGCUGGCCAGGCGGCCAGUACAUCACCCUGCUCAUGGCGAUCGACAGAGUGGAGGUGAGGAGGUCCUACUCAAUCUCCUCCCUCCCCCUCGCCCUGCCAAAGCUGUCGGUCACCAUCAAGCGCGUCGCCGGGGGGGUGGCUUCCCCCUGGCUCCUGGACACCCUGCAGCCGGGGUCAACCGUGCAUGGCCUGGCGCCACAGGGCGACUUUUUACUGAGGGGUGCUGCAGCAUGCAAGCCCCUAGGCAGCGGGCUCGCCCCCCUGCUGCCCAUGCUGGAAACGGCGCUGCAGCUCGGCCAGGCCGUUGCGCUGCUGGGUUGCCACCGUGACGCAGAGGAAGAGGUGUUUGGAUGCCGCACUGCGGCACUGCAGGCCGCCGGCGGGCUGACUGGCGGCGCUUUCCUGCACGAGCACACCCACUACUCGGCCACCAGCGGGCGAUUGAGCCCCGUGGACGUGGCUGGCUUUCUGCAGAGGACGAGUGGGCAGGUCGGGGGCAUGAAAACGGGGCAGCCUUCAACGUGCCAGGCCUGGAGCUACUACCUGUGUGGCCCCACUGGCUGGCUGGAGCUGGUGGAGCGGGUCCUGCUGGACCAGGGCGUCCCCGCGACCAGCAUCGCCAAGGAGGCGUUCUCCAGCCUUGCAGAGGGAUCCGGAUUCGAUUUUGCCGGGAGAGGACUGCAGGCCGCGGCGCGCAGCAUCCGAGUGCAGCGAGGGCCAGGGGUGGAGACCGCCCUCCAGGUGGCUGCGGGACAGACGAUCCUGGGGGCGGCCGAGGAUGCCGCGCUCCCCAUCCCGUCUGCCUGUCGCAGCGGGAACUGCAGGCGAUGUGCGGUCCGGCUCCAGUGCGGGGCAGUGCUGGACAUGGAGGAUGGGGUGGUGGCGGACCCAGGCAACACGAUUCUCACGUGUCGGACAACACCACUGACCGAUGAGGCUCUCAUCGUGAUGGAGGGUUGA